AUGGUGCGCGAGUGGCUCGGCAACACCUUCCAUGCUCGAGGCGGCCACGUCGUGGCAAACCGCGUUCUGUGGGCGCAAAAACCUUUAACCAUCUUCCUCUGGCAGGGGUGCUCGGUGCUUCACGUGGAGCUCGAUGGUUCCUUCCGCAGCACACCGGGUGCGGAGUAUGUGCUUCCCAGCGGAUCUUCCGUCGACCAGGCGGUGGUUGAGACGGUGAGGGUUCUGCAAGCUGGCGGCAAGAAUUCCGCCGCGGUGUACGCGCGGAUUGCUGGCGAAGUAUCCCUUUGGCUGGUGUUUCUGAAGGGUGAGCGGUGGCAGUGCAUCUCCGCCGCCGUGUCCACUCCGGGCGAGAUGACAGAGCCGAAGGACUUUGAUGGAAUCAGCGGCUGCGUGUGGCAAGGCUACUGCCGGGCCAACCGGGCAUGCGAUGGCAAAGCCAUGGCCGAGUACUUCCACGACACCUGUCGCCUGACCUUCGUGGACGGCACCGGCUCCGUCGUAAUCAUUGAUAGCGCCCAAUUUUGCAACAUGGUCCAGACGCGCUACACCACCCCCAUGCACAAGGACUACGCCCACUUGCAGCACGACCCGCGCAUCGCCAGCCGCGACUCCCUUCUGUCCAUUGACUUCGGAAGCCUCUCAGCCCCAGUCGCCAUGGUGGUGCUUACUGUAGCGCACCCACCAUGUUUGUGGACUGACCUUCUGACCGUUGCAAAGAUCCAGGGCAAGUGGUGGAUCGUGCACAAAUCCUCUUGCAAGGACCCUUUCUUAGAGGAGGAGAAGAAGUAG